GAGGGCUUCGUGCAAGUGGAUCCUGCAGAAACGGCAACUGAAGAAGAAGAGAAGAUGAAGGUGGUACUGUGUUUGCUGGUUGUUGGGAUAUCAAGCUUCAGGAGCAAUGAAGCAGCCACGACGUUCGACCACGCACCAUUGGUUUACAAUUUCUAUGACGUCAUGGCUCAGGCUGCUUGUGCUGCCCGGGGCACAACAACAAACAGAAUCUGGGCAAUGAGGAGGUCAUGUUCUGGGGUCAAAACCUGUCAUCAGAUUUGCAAUGGUCACAGGCUGACAUGUAUUCACGCCUAUCACGUGUACAAAAAUCCCAAGAUUCUCCUAGAGAACAGCGACAUGCAGACAGACGAAGGUGUGAACGGGCUGAGUAUGACCAACUAUGUGGGUGGUUGCUCUUGGCGAGCCGGUCACUGUGGACCAAACUACUGCUGUUGUGAAGGUCCGUGGAACACGCCAUUCCCUUAAACCAGAUACUUUCUAACAAGAAAUGUGGUGUCGAAGUAGCAUGUGCUGUCGUAACAAAACGUAUACGUAGAAAUGCGUGCAAUUAAAACUUGCAAAACUGUUUAUGUCAAUUUGUCAUACAGAAAAUAAAAUCGAAAGUGUCUAAUUUUGUAAAUUUUUGUGUAGUAGAGUCAUUAAACUUCAACU